AUUCCCUCAUGUGGUCGGUCAACGGGGUGCACCGUGGAACUCAUCCCACCUCAAGCGCCGAACAUCAAAACCCAUCUUACCUGCUAUGCUUCUCAACAUGAGUCGUCCACCCAGCAUACCCUCACAUUCAGGUCCUCCGCCAUCCUACAGCCCUUACCCAGCACAUCAUGCUUCAUCGUCUCGACCAGAAAUCAUUGCCCCCAGUCAGCACGUUCGCCCCAGAGAUUCCAGUGGAAGUCAUAACAAUGCGCAGCAAUUACCAAGUCUUCGCACGCUUCUGGAACCAGAGCUACUGGACAAAAAGUCGUCUGAUCCAUCGUUGAGAGCGGGCGGCGCUCCGGUACCUUACAGUCAUUGUGGUCGUUACGGGUCGUCAAGUCCGACACUGAAGAGACGGCAUGAAUAUGAUGGUUACUUCCAUGGUUAUCCAGAGCAUAAUGCUAUCGCUUCUCAAACACCCUACCACCACCGUCAACCUCUAUCGACCACAAACGCCACCACAUCCACCACCUCCUCGACUCCUGGCUCUGGGUUCGGUGUCGGUCGAGUAGAUCUCCAACGGCGCGAAAGUUUUGCACACCCUUCACAGCAUGAACUGGUGGGAAAUGGGCACCGGCAGGCUUCGCUCAUGUCUGAUGCGACGGGAGCGAUGACAACUCACUCCGUUCAGCAAGAAUUAGGGUUUGACCCAAGUAGGCCUGUCAGAAUGAGACGACUGGAGGGUUCCUCACGGGCUCCGGUACGAUCGUCGCGUUGUGUGGGCCAGCGCGAUAUACCUGGCGAAGGCCCAUGCUAUGUCUACGAGGAUGGCACCUACUGUCGGGCUAUAAUAGACGGCGAAGCCGUGAACCCUUCGUGGGGCAUAACGAAGGCGGGAAAGCCUCGAAAGCGACUCGCGCAGGCUUGCCUUACCUGUCGAGAGAAGAAGAUUAAGUGCGAGCCCGGAUAUCCAAAAUGCCAGCAAUGCGCCAAGUCGCAAAGAGUAUGCAGAGGAGGACUCAACCAGAGCAAUGCAUCCGGCGAGACAUCACCGUCAAACUCCGCUCCGCUAUUUAAGAACCACUCGUCCGAGGUCUUGAGUCCCACAGCCAACUCAGAUAGAAACAAAGCUCCCGGAGAGCUGCGAGACUCAUCAAGAAAGGUUGACACUUGGAACGCCGGAACCCCGUUCAGACCUCGAAAGUACCGCCACCAUACUAGUACGGACCCGAGAGACAUGUCGGUACAGUCGUACGAUUCGGAUUGGAGUGGUUCGGCAAAUGACCAGAGCCUGGACGAUCCCGGACGCGGCUCUUAUUCCGACCAACUUGCCCUCCAAUGGGAGCAGGAUCCUUUCGAAACGGAUCCUGGUCUGACGAUGCACCUACUGGAUCUUUAUUUCAACCAAGCGGGUCGCGCGACCUAUGGCAUGUUUCCUCGCAGACCCUUCCUCAUGUGGGUAGAGGGUAACCGCGAGAAGAACCACGAUCACUUGAUGCUUCUAUACUCAGUCCUGGCUAUAGGCUCACUGUUCUCAGCCGAUGGGGAUAAGAAAGCCCUAGGAAAGAAAUUUGCUUCGGUCGCGUCAUAUGCAGCAGAAAAGCGGUUCGGGAAGUUCAGCCUGCAGUUAUGCCAGACUCGGCUGAUGCUCGCGCUCUACUAUUUUGCCCGCGGCAAGUCACAGGAAGCGUGGGACUACUGUGGUGCUGGUCUGCGAGCUCUCAGCGCCCUGAAGCUGAACUCCGAAGAAGGCGUCAAAGAGUUGGUUGAUAGCAAUGCCGAUUGGGACUAUGGACUUGAUCGUCAAAUGUUCGCGGAGUGCUGUCGUCGCACUUUCUGGUCCGGACUACUGAUGGAUGUAAGUCACGACGUCAUCAAGUUUCCAGCAUCCGUUGACUUGAUGCAACAACAGCGAUACAACGGCUUCUUCGGAGGGACUCUUUUCGUCCUCAACUUGGAGGAUGUCUUCGUUCAGCUCCCCUGCCUGGACAGCAUGUACGAUACAUCAACACCAUGUAACGCGCCGAUCCUGGAUGAAGAGCUUCUCAAUGGAAGUGCCACCUCCGGCCCCGUUCUGGGCCACAUGGCGUAUCUAUGCCUGAUAUCGACGCUAUGGGGCGAGGUCCUCACAUUCACUAGCCGAGCUGCGCGUCGACCCGACAGUGUAUAUGAACGACACUACGACACGUUCUACACUAGAACCAACGAUAAGCUGGACGCAUGGCAUGCGAUGUUGCCAGAGGAGCUACAGUAUAGCCCACGAAAUCUCGACAAUAGCAUGGUCGGAGGAUAUGCUGGCACUUUCGUAUCUAUACACGCUUUGUAUUACGCCACAAUCAUCCGCCUUAAUCGCCAUGUCAGAGUCAACAUACUGCCAAUGGAAAAACAACGCCGAAAUCUGGAACGAGCCCUACGCAUGGCAUCCAACUUUCUGUCGGUGAUGCUUUCCCUAGCUCCAGCUAGCCGCCAACGUCUUUCGCCCACUGUUGUCUCGGACCUCUCGUUCUCGACGCCUUUCCCUGGUUACGCGCUCAUGCUUUCUGUCGACGUAUUGACCUCUGCCGGGCUCUUAUCCUCAUUGCCGACUUUAAUCGAGACCCUCAACACUACACUGACCUGUAUCGACGAAUUAGCAGGCGUUUGGGCUUCUGCAAAAGCGCAGCAGAAGACAGUAUCGAAUCGGAUCAAGCAGCUCAUUGACAUUGCCGCACAACAGAGCCAAGGCAUAAGCAACGGAAGUUACGGAAAUUUCUGGAGGAUCGGCAACAGUCUUGAGACUGCCUUCGGAAACGAUGAUGCAUUGUACAAGACCGAAGACCAGUUGCUUUUCGGCGUUGUGGGUAAGCUUACGAGUCAGUAAAAUGCUCGUCCAUCUAUACUUGCUACUCCACGAACCAAUGCCGGCUUACGUCUUUUCUUUGGACCACAUCAGUUUGUAUGCGCUUUUUGUAUUUGUCUCGGAUCUUAGGUUAUGCAAUGGCGUCGCACGCUGCAUAAACCUCGGCCCGAUCUCCAAACCGCGUUUGUCUGGCCAACGCGUCCAGCA